AUGGCUGGGGGUGGAGGCUUUCCCGGGGCCGCGGGUGAUGGAAGUUCCAAUGGCGGACACCCCCAAGGGACAGAAUAUACGUUGCAAGGGGUGAUGCGAUUUCUGCAGACCGAAUGGCACCGACACGAACGAGACCGCAACGCAUGGGAAAUUGAGCGCGCGGAAAUGAAGUCCCGUAUCGGCAGACUGGAGGGUGAUGUUCGAACAAGCAAGCGCUUGCAUGAAUCGCUCGGAAAGCAUGUUCGGUUGCUCGAAGCCGCGCUGAAGAAGGAGCGUGAGAAGGUCAAGAAGCUCAGCAAUAACGAGAAGGUCGAGGAUUUGAGAGACCCCAAGGAAAUUGCCCGCGAGAGCAUGAACGCAUUGAAAUCUCAACGUCCAAAGCCGCUUAUGGACGCCCACGACGAAAACCAACCCGAGUUCCAGCAGGAAGAUGAACGCGAUAAGUCUCGCUUAUAUUUGUCCAAAUGCUCGCAGGAGGUAUCCUAUCAUGUAAUUCCGACGGCGAACCCUCACCCCGAGUUGAGCGACCCGGAUCUUUCGAAUCACAUUUUCGGAAACCAGCAGCUGUCUCAGCAAAGCCUUGAAGAAGCAUACAUCCACCAGCAGCGACAGAAGCAGCAACAGCAACAGCAGCAUCAACAACAGCAUCAACAACAGCAUCAACAACAGCAUCAACAACAGCAACAACAACAUCAACAACAACAACAGACAAACCACAUGAUGGCACGAGAGGUAGCACUUCAGAACCACCAGCCUGUUGUGACCCACUAUGCUGAAAACCCCAAUAUGUCUCGCGCACAAAAUCAAUUUGGUCAUCCUUCUGCGCCCAGGGAUGUCUUGGAACGGAGACCAAUUGAAAUACAGCAAGCCCCUGUGACUGCGAUGGAAAAUAGAAGGCAUAUUCUUGACAAUGGCAUGGUGGACGAGCGUGGCCUUCCCCUGACCCAGUCAUUUGAUGCCUAUACCGCACAGGUGGCUGUCAAGGAGAUACCCAAACCUGAACAGGUGGAAGAAUGCUCGGACGAUACCGAUGGUUGGAAUUUUGACGAGCCAGCCGGCCCAGAAUCAGCUUCCGAACAAAUCCCGCCUCACCGACCAGAUACCGACGCCUUCCCGAACGCCAACUUCGUUCGCUCGAAAUCGCCGUCAAAGGGCGGCUCGCUUUCGCACCGGAGGAAGAGCUCUGGCUCAAAACGGAAGAGCGAUAGUGCCGAUAAUGCUACCGCAGCAACAGGACAAAAGCAAGAUCCUGUGUUCAAGGUGCGAUUUGCACUCCGAGGACAUUUGGACGUUAUUCGUUCCGUGAUUUUCACAGGAGGUGGCAGCCCCUCGGAACCAGAAAUCUGCACAUGUAGUGACGAUGGAACAAUUAAAAGAUGGAUCAUUCCUGCGACCUUUGGUAACUUUGGUCCUCACGGUGCUGGUUCAAGUAAUGACUUGGAUAUUACGAGCUAUUUCACCCACCGUGGGCAUGUUGGUGCGGUGACCGCGCUGGCUGCGUGCUCCCCGUCCCAGAACUUCUCCAAUGGUGGUCGUACCCUGGGCGAUGGUUGGGUAUUUUCUGGUGGACAAGAUGCUAGUGUGCGCGUUUGGGAACGAGGCAGGGUUGAUCCCAAAGCCACCUUGGAUGGACAUACAGAUGCUGUCUGGGGUCUUUGCGUUCUUCCUGGAACCGCAGGGUCCGUGUUUGGAGACUCCAGUGGAUCGUAUGGAGGGCCUGACCGGGUAUUACUGGCAUCUGGCGGUGCCGAUGGCAGAAUAUUAAUCUGGGCCGUCAGUGCACCUCCUCUGCUCUCAUCGCCUCAAGCAGGCAAUCGACGGGCUGGCGGCAGCCGACGGGCCAAUUCGAUUUCAUCUGGUUCCAACUUCCCAUCUUCACCACAACCUAGCGUGGCAACUACAACGCCGUUCCACUAUACACUUGUUCAUCAAAUCAUCCGAAACGAAUCUCCCUCGCCGACCUGCAUUAGUCCAUUGUCUCUUGCCGGAGUCAACUUUGUUGUUUCCUACUCUGAUGCCUCGAUUCUUGUCUACGACACAAGGACAGGGGAGGAGGUUGUGGGAAUGGCAAGCUUAGAGACAUACGAUGGUACAUCGUCUACUGGUGUUAACUCCGUUGUUGCAACCACCGUUGGGUUCGAUGGCUCUGCCAAUCUAGAUCCCAGUCGGACGAUGGCGGAGGAAGAAGUGGUACACGGCGCGACUGGUUCGAGUGGUGUAGAGGGCGUGAUCAUUAGUGGACACGAAGACAGAUAUAUUCGGUUCUUUGACGCUAAUAGUGGUCAAUGUACUUAUACAAUGCUGGCCCACCCGUCUGCGAUUGCCUCCCUCUCGCUCUCUCCAGAUGGGCGUGAGCUAGUCUCCGCUGGCCACGAUGCCAGCCUGCGGUUUUGGAAUCUCGAAAAAAGAAGCUGCACCCAGGAAAUCACCAGUCACAGGCUGAUGCGUGGUGAGGGCGUGUGUGACGCCAUCUGGAGCCGUGACGGCCGUUGGGUCGUUAGCGGAGGCGGCGAUGGAGUUGUUAAAGUCUUUUCGCGGUGA